GAAUACGGCAGCGAGAAGAUGGCGGAAGAGGAGCGGAGUGCCAGUGCAGAGAAACUCAAGGAGACGGCGAAUAACUACUUUAAAGAUAAGGACUAUGAGAACGCAAUCAAGUAUUACUCAGAAGCACUGGAGUUGAACCCCACCAAUGCCGUCUACUGCAGUAACAGGAGUCUGGCCUACCUGCGCACCGAGUGCUAUGGCUACGCACUGGCAGAUGCCACUCGAGCCUUGGAGCUGGACAAGAAUUAUAUCAAGGGCUACUAUCGGCGCGCCACCUCCAACAUGGCCCUCGGCAAGUUCAAGGCCGCGCUCAAGGAUUACGAGACGGUAGUGCGAGUGCGGCCCCAUGACAAAGAUGCCAAGAUGAAGUACCAGGAAUGUAAUAAGAUCGUCAAACGGAAGGCCUUUGAACGGGCCAUCGCUGGCGACGAACUCAAACGCUCUGUAGUCGACUCCUUAGACAUCGAGAGCAUGACGAUCGAGGACGACUAUACUGGACCUAAACUUGAGGAUGGAAAGGUUACGCUGGAGUUCAUGAAAGAAUUGAUGGCCUGGUUCAAAGACCAGAAGAAACUGCACAGAAAGUGUGCUUACCAGAUUCUGGUUCAAGUGAAAGAGCUUUUAUCCAAACUUCCUAGUCUUGUUGAAAUAACAUUAGAAGAGACAGAGAAAAUAACUAUUUGUGGGGACACACAUGGCCAGUACUAUGAUCUUUUAAAUAUCUUUGACUUGAAUGGUUUGCCGUCUCCAACUAAUCCUUAUCUGUUCAACGGUGACUUCGUGGACCGCGGCUCUUUCUCUUUAGAGGUCAUUCUCACACUCUUUGGCUUCAAACUGCUUCAUCCAGACCACUUUUACCUUCUUAGAGGUAACCACGAGACGGAUAACAUGAAUCAGAUGUAUGGGUUCGAGGGUGAGGUCAAAGCGAAGUAUACCGCUCAGAUGUUCCAGCUCUUCAGUGAGGUCUUCCAGUGGCUUCCGCUCGCUCAAUGCAUCAACAGCAAAGUCCUGGUCAUGCACGGAGGACUGUUUAGCGAAGAUGGCGUGACUUUAGAUGACAUCAGAAAGAUCGACAGAAACAGGCAGCCCCCGGAUUCGGGUCCAAUGUGCGACCUCCUGUGGUCGGAUCCUCAGCCGCAGAACGGGCGAUCUAUCAGUAAGCGGGGCGUGAGCUGUCAGUUUGGGCCUGAUGUCACCGAGCGCUUCUUGGAACAAAAUAAACUGGAGAUCAUAAUUCGCAGUCAUGAGGUGAAAGGAGAGGGUUAUGAGGUCACUCACUCAGGGAAGUGCAUCACCGUGUUCUCCGCGCCAAACUACUGUGAUCAGAUGGCUAAUAAAGGAGCUUACAUUCACCUCAGGGGAUCAGACCUUAAGCCAGAGUUUCAUCAGUUUACUGCUGUGCCUCAUCCAAAUGUCAAGCCGAUGGCAUAUGCCAACUCUCUCAUGCAGAUGGGGAUGAUGUAGGAUGAUGAAGCCUUUGGUGCUCAUUUUAUCCCACAUAAGCUGCUCCGGUCUCAAGUCCACACCCGUUCCUCCAGAUCCACUGUCACAUUCUUCUUCUUAUGUUUUGAACAAACUGUUUAUUCCUAGUGUACACACACAUACAAUUUUACAGUGUUCAUUAUGCCUGUGCUUUCAGCUGUUGUUUUGGGUAGAAAUCAAAAAUUGGUGACGCCUUGACAUAAAAAGAUCAUUGUUGCGUUAAACAAGCCCCCCCGCCCAUCAUUAAUGUGUUCAUUGAUAUUGAGCUGCUUGGUUUUGAAAUAUCACAAUUAGAUGUUUAACUAUCUUAAAGGGAUACUUAACCCAAAAAUGAAAAUCCUGUCGUCAUUUAUUCAUCUUAGAGUUGUUCCAAAUCUGUAUACAUGUAUUUGCUCUGAUAGAUAUUUGAAAGAACGCUUAUAACCAGACAGAUUUUGCACCCCAUUGACUCCCGUAGUAGGAAAAUUACAAAGGGAGUCAGUUGUGCCCUGGAACCGUUUGCUCUCCAACAUUCUUCAAAAUAUCUUCCUUUGUGUUCAACAGAUUUUUCCCUACCAUGGGACUGCUAAAUUUGGAGUGUUCAUCCAAAUAUCUGUCUCUGUGUUCAUCAUAACAAACAAAUGCAUGCAGAUUUGGAACAACUCGAAGGAGAGUAAAUGAUGACAAAGUUUUCAUUUUGGGGUGAACAAUGCCUUUAAGCAGGAGCUUGUACCAAAGAAUGAGCAGGAACACGAUGCAUCACAAAGUAAUAGUGUUAGACCAGAACUUGAGACAUGGGAGAUCUACAUAAAGCCUUUAUUUUUUUUAAUUAAGGCACCUGUGUACAAAUGCAGAAUGAAUACUCUUAUGUCCAGUUUUGGGAGGUCGGACAGUGUGGUACUGUAGCUGUGAACUAUGUUUCAAAAACAUGAAAAGGCCAUUUUUCUUAUGUUAAAAGCCAGAUUUCAUUAAAAAAACACCAAUAACGCCAUCUUAUGCAUCUGUUUUUUAUGUGGCCCACAACAAAUGUACAAACUUUAGGGACUGUAUGACUCAGUAGCUGACCACAUACUUUUUCGGCUCUUUCUCUUUCAGCAUGGGGAAGGUGCAGUAUUGUAAAGCUCAGUAGUUGUUUGGUUUUCUUCAUUUUGUAGGCGACCACUAUAUGUUUGUCUAGCAGCUCCUGUACAUUCUGUGUGAACUAAAUAAAACCGCAGAAAUCUACCUUCCUCUCUUAAGCGCACAGCAGCCAAUGCCCUUGACUUUUUAGAGGAUAUUAUGUACACCGACGUGUAUGUAUAUAUUUAAAUAUAUACUGUAUCAUUGGAAUUUCUGUGUACAUGUUUGGAAAAAAGAAGUUAUUAAAUAAAAAAAUGCUGGUCCAAUAA